UAAAGCUCGAGCUCUUCCUACUUCACUAACACUCCAACGAAAAGAUCCUCUCUCUCUCUCUCUCUCUCUCUCUCUCUCUAGGCCCCUACAAAUUCCCUAAACCCUCGGGUGCCCUGCUCGCACUCCCGGCUCUGCUGAUGCAUGAUCCUCUGCCGAACCGACUCCAAUUCCGGUGAUUGCGGCCGCGAGAUUCGCGGCUUGCCUGCCGCUGAAUUCAUUCUUUGGUUUGCUGUUCAGUGAGCUGAAUUUGGUUCUGUUUGAUGGACUGUGUGCAGAUUUCAGCUGGAGUGUUUUGAUUCUCGGUCCAGAUCUCCUGCGAUGUUCUGAAUUGAUUGCUGAGAUAAAACUUAACUAGCCUUUGUUUCCUCCUCCUCGGAGCUUCUGCUGAAACAAUGGCGCAGAGUAAUUGGGAAGCUGAUAAAAUGCUUGAUGUGUAUAUUUACGAUUACUUGCUGAAGAAAAAGUUGCAUGUGUCGGCGAAAGCUUUUAUGACGGAGGGGAAGGUUGCGACUGACCCUGUAGCUAUUGAUGCUCCUGGUGGUUUUCUCUUCGAAUGGUGGUCUGUGUUCUGGGACAUAUUCAUUGCGAGGACAAAUGCAAAGCAUUCUGAGCCUGCUGCCGCUUAUAUAGAGGCUCAGAAAUUGAAGCGGAGGGAGCAACAACAGAUAAAUAUGCAGCAGUUACAACUUCUGCAGCAGAGAAAUGCACAGUUACAGCGAAGGGAUCCCAACCACCAAAAUAUUGGUGGUUCCAUCAAUAACGUGAACUCCGAAGGACUGAUGGGCCAGCCAUCAGCUAGUUUGUUGGCUAUGAAGAUGUAUGAAGAAGGCAUGAAGCAUCCGCAGGGAAUGGAUAUGGAGACCUCCCAAGCUCUUAUUGAUGCCAACAGAAUGGCAGUCCUUAAAUCCGCAGCUGAUCACCAAGGCCAGAUGGUUCAAGGCAACUCUGUGAACAUCUCUGCAGCAUUGCAGCAGAUUCCAUCUAGAACACCUUUAACCACAGACGUGAAAAGUGAAGUUAACGUAGGUGCAACUCAGAAAGCAUUGCCUGUGGAUCCUUCAUCAAUAUAUGGACAAGCUAUUUUGCAAUCAAAGUCUGGAAUAAGUGCUGCAGGAUUGAACCAAGGAGUCACUAGCCUUCCACUAAAGGGUUGGCCUCUAACUGGAAUACAGGGCAUUGACCAUCUCCGGCCUGGUUUAGGACUGCAGAAGCCUAAUAUGCAGAACCAAAAUCACCUUCUCUUAUCAUCACAGCAGCAACAGGCCCUGGCACAGGCUCAGGCACAAAGUAGUAUUGGAAAUUCAAAUAAUUACAAUGAUAUGGAUGCUCGAAGAUUUGGUGGGCUGCCCAGAGGCACCACAAAUGCAAAAGAUGUUCAAUCCACAAAGAAUGAUGGAUCCAUAUGCUCUCCAGUGCAAUCAAAUUCACCAAGGAUGAAGAUGGGCCAGGUGCAGCAGUCUUCCUCUCAACAGCAGGACCAGUUGCAGCAGCAAGUGCCACAGAAUGGGAGAAAAAGGAAGCAGCACUCUUCUUCAGGACCUGCUAAUAGCACUGGAACAGGAAAUACAGUGGGGCCAUCCCCUAACUCACCUCCAUCAACUCAUACCCCUGGUGAUGGAAUAACUACUGCUAGCAGCAUGCAGCUCACUAAUAGUGCUCAGAAGAGCAUGAUAAUGUAUGGUUCAGAGGGGAAUGGGGGUCUUGCAUCAUCGUCAAAUCUGUUGGAAGACCUUGAGCGCUUGGGAGAUCUUGGUUCUCUUGAUGAUAACGUGGAAUCAUUUCUGUCACAAGAUGGAGGAGAUGCUGCUACUUUGUAUGGAGCAGCCAAACAGCGUCCUGCUGAGCAGCAAAAGGAGUCUUCCAAAGGUUUUACUUUUGGUGAAGUCGGUUGUAUAAGGAAAGGAUAUAGCAAAGUUACGUGCUGUCAUUUCUCUUCAGACGGGAAGUUGCUAGCUAGUGCUGGACAUGACAAAAAGGUCAUCCUGUGGAACAUGGAUACACUGCAAAGGGAAAGCACCCCUGAAGAACACAAAUAUGUCAUAACAGAUGUUCGCUUCAGACCAAAUUCAUCUCACUUGGCAACAUCUUCAGUUGAUAAAUCCGUGCGACUAUGGGAUGCAGCCAAUCCAAGCUUUUGUUUGCAUGCAUAUACUGGACAUACGUCACCAGUCAUGUCCCUAGAUUUCCAUCCAAGGAAGACGGAACUUUUCUGUUUCUGUGACAAUGACAAUGAAAUCCGCUAUUGGAAUAUUAAUACAUUUUCGUGCUCUCGCAUCUCCAAGGGAGGUACUGCACAAGUGAGAUUCCAACCGCGAAUUGGGCAGUUGCUGGCAGCGGCAUCGGACAAAGUUGUGUCCAUCUUCGAUGUUGAAACUGACAAGCAAAUUCACUCAUUAGAGGGGCAUCCGGACUUGGUGAACUACAUCUGCUGGGAUGCGACUGGAGAUUGUUUGGCAUCUGUCAGUGAGAACUUGGUAAAGAUUUGGUCACUAACUUCAGGAGAAUGCAUCCAGGAGCUGAAUUCCAAUGGGAACCAAUUCCAUUCAUGCGUCUUUCACCCAACCCAUCCAACUCUCUUGGUGAUUGGCGGAUUCUCGUCUCUGGAGCUGUGGAACGUGGCAGAGAACAAGAGAAUGACAGUCCCGGCCCAUGAAAACAUCAUCUCGGCUCUGGCGCAGACUCCGGUGACUUGUCUGGUUGCAUCCGCUAGUCAUGACAGCUCGGUCAAGAUAUGGAAGUGAACUUCGAAUAACGAGGAAAUUGUCUAUCGAGGAAGGUGUUAAAUAUCGAGCGGAUUUUUAUUCAGAAAUUAUUGGCGUCUAAAUAAUAAUUUAGCAUAUAUAUAUGUUGUUAUAUUAGUUGCUGUCUGUUAGUAUUAUAUAAGGGAAGGGAAGGUCAAAGAGCCUAUAUAGUGCUGCUUAAGCAAAGCAGCAAGUCUUGAGAUGAAAUUGAUUGGAGCAAUUAGGGUUAGAGGAGGAUUGUGUCUAUAUACUGUAAUGUCCUUCCUACUGGAAAUUAACGAAAUUGUUUGGGUCUUAAUGUACAUUGUACAAAUAUAUAUCAGAUGAUUCCGACUUUAUUUAUGUGA